UGUUUAUUUCUAUUCUCUCUCUCUCUUCUAGCUCCGAGGAUAAGGCUCUGAUGGUGAUGAAGGAGCCUGGCUUUCUCCAUCCUCCUUCCCCCUGCCUGCCUCCUGUAAACAGGACCAAGUGCAUUGAGUUGACCCAUGAGCUGCGUGGUUGGGUCCAUCGUCACGAGGUGCAGCAGACUAAAUUCAGACGGACGAACAACAGCCAGCACAAACCAGCCAGGACCAUCCUGAAACGAGACGAGAAGGAAUCCAGUGGUGCCCAGUUUGUGACGGUGGAAUAUACAGACACCUCAGAGGAAAAGAGCCAAGGUAGCGAGCUACAGGUGUACUACGCCCCCCACCACACCUACAGCGACCUCUUCGACGAGAUCAAUCGCCGCGGCGACACUUUCUACGUGGUGUCUUUCCGCAGGGAUCACCUGCUCCUUCCUGCCACCAGCCACAACAAAGGACGUCGCCCCAAGAUGUCCAUGGUGCUGCCCGCCAUGAACAUAAACGACUCCAUUAUAAAGGACAAGGAGUUUGAGGUGAUGAUGCAGAUCGACUGUGAGGUCACAGACACCAGGAUCCUCCACAUCAAGUCCUCCAGUAUCCCAGCAUUCCUUCGUGUCAACCGCACCGACACCCUCUACCCACCCUCCCCCGCCGACAGCCAAGCCACACCCCCUGUUGCCGUCCUCAUGGGUUCAGCGUAAGCCGACUCAACCAAUCCAUGCAGCUGGAUAAAAUAUCAGUCAGUACCUCAUACAGAAGCAUUGAGGUCAUAAAUACUGACAACUUGACAAAACCAGGAUCUAACUCUUCAACAUUGCACUCUUUACCACCAAAAACGAUACUAUGUUUAUGAGUACAUUUGGCACCAUCCCCCCCAAAAAACAAGUGUAUCUUUGAAUUGGAGGAAGUUGUAAGUGCAUUCAUGGAACCCAUACAUUCAUGAGGCAGCUUGAGUGGUUGAUGUCUGUCAGCUUUUCUGUUUUGGGUUUAAUGUCCGUCACGGUCGUUGAGAGGGAGGGGGGGGGGGCUGAGACGGUGUGUGGCAGGGUGGUGUGUGCCCUCUUGUACCCCAGACCCUCUGAACAAGGGUAAUUGCUGAACAGCAGGGGGCCGAGGCACUGAACCCUAAUUCACCCGGUCAAAACACAAAUACUUCGACCCCCUGGUGGCAAUCCCUGAAGGCUGCCUUUUGGCUUUCUCUCUCGCUUCCUUUCUCUCUCCCAGUCUUUCUUUCUUUAACCUCUUUUCCCGCUCUUUCUGGUGAGCUUCUGUAUGUGAAAACGGAUUGGAGAUUAUUAAAGGUGUUCCAUAGAACUCCGAUUCCUUAGAAUUCCGAUUCCGAGGAUUCUCUGGGGACAAUAUGGCCACCUACUCUCAGGGAGAAAACUGUGAAAGCUAGCAGUCCAACCGCUGAAAUUCUGUGGUGUCUUUUGUUGUGAUUGGUUGUAGUGCUCGUGUUCUGUUUUAAGUUAUGCAGAUCUAUUUUACUGUGCUGAAGCUGAUGCUCUUUCAUAAGGGGGAUAUUCAAACAGUGAAAACAAAUAAUUUAACUUUAUUAGACUUCUGUUUUGAGAUACAAGCAACAUCUAAGAUGAAAAAAAAAAGUAUGUUCAAAACAGAUGAUGACUUAAUAGUAGGCCAACAUUUAUGAUAUUUACAACAUAAAGAAUAAUUGGAAUUGGACUAAAUAGGGAAGAGCCUAUUCAUGAGUGUUGAAGUUUCGUUUUGACAUGGUCCGGUCAAAUCCAAUACUAUUCUAAUAUUGGUUGUUAUAUUGACUUGUUCACUCUGACUUGACCAUCCACUAAGCCCAUUUGCACUUUUAUGAAAGUGCACUUAAAAAGCCUUUUCUGUUUGCAGAUAAUCCCUGUACUAUUUAUCUUACUGACUUUUAUUUCUAAGAUAGUGAAAAGAUGCAGAAUGAAGAAAUGCAGAAUGUUUUUAUAACAAUAUCAUAGUGUAUACCAAUGUUAUCCCCCAAAACUGCACUCGCCAUUUACAUGUUUUCUAAAAUCUCUGUUCUUUGUCUUCUUCAUUGAUCCACUCAUAGAUUGAAUGAAUAUUAUAAGUGUUCAAGCAGCGUCUAUGACUAGCAUACUAUUCUCAUUGUUGCCAUUUUAAUUAAUAGUAGGGGAAAAUGCAGGUUUAAUGUGUGGUUGGAAACAAGAGACUGUUGGGGUUUUGAUCAUAUCUUAUUUGAAAUGAAUGCCUUUUAGUUUGUUUUGUAGAAUUGUGUUUGGGAAUCCUGAUCGUCCCCUUUCAUACCUAUUUAAAAUUCUAUGACAUAUUAGCUACAGUACAUCGUACAACGCUUGUGAAUGUCUUCGGUGGAUUUGUCCAGUAGCUGCAUUUGGUUCAAAACAAUGUCUUUUUUUUUUGUACUAAUCCCAUUCAGGAAGCGAAAAACAUUUUACUUUUACCUGAGUUAUGUUUGUCACAACACAAAUUCGAAAUGCAGGUCAAUAAAACACUGGAUUUACGUGUAA